AUGAACGAUACUGGAGAAAAUGAUGAUGAGUAUCAAUGUUGCGUAGGCUUUCUUUUGGAAGCGUCAUCCUUAGGCCUGCACAUUACUAUCACACCCGACUCUGCCCCCACACUAUCUGAUGCCUUGAUUUGUACCGCAAGUUAUUGUAUUGUCACACCUGCUCUCUCUUCAUUGCCAAUCACGGAUGUCCGCGCUCUAGAGGAGAUGUUAGCUACCACACGCCCGAAGUCAGAGACCUACGAUGCGCUUGUCUCCCCUUUAUUCUCGCCAAAUUCUUUCCCUCGCAGUCAAACCACGCCGAUGAGCGUCACUCCCACCCCUCCUCCUGACACCAUGUCUCCUUCGCCUUCACCUCAGGGUAUGCAAGUCCUGCAUGUCUAUGCGCAGACGCUACGUUCACGCCGUCUCUAUCAUCUAGAAGCUUCCCUUCUAUCAAAUGCACUCAGACAUGUCGACAACAUUCUCCUCACAUCGAACAAUCUACCAUUCUUCAAACAGCCCAUGCCUACGGGUGACAUGGACACCAUCCGCCGAGAGCUUGUCCAAUAUAUUGAAAGCGCUGAGGCGCGUUGCUUUGGCGCACGUACAGGUGGCAUUGCUCAAGGUCUCCAAGCGGGAGUAAACGCAAAUAUAGGACAAGGGGCAGCGUUCGGCGGUGCGUCCGGGAAUCGUUGGGUUUGGGAGGAUACAAUGGGGUGUUGGGCACCGGAAUCUCCAGUCGUCCAGCGCCGUGAGCAGCGGGCACCGAAGCGGAGAAGACUUUCACGAGAACAUCCUACCAUGAGAAGUGUGGAAGAAGGGCGCAGCCUGCGUUCCCAGUCGCGGUCUCAAGAGUCUCGCCGCAUCGCGCGCCGCUCACUGCCAGCUCUCAACGUUGCUAGAGUCGUAUCAGGCGGGCGAGAGUCUAUGCCUUCCCGCAGAACAAGCGUAUCUGCUAGGAAUGACGAUGUUGCGGGUUCGGAUGAUUUCGAGGCACAGCUCGGAUCUCCUGUCUUGAAACCGCUCUUGCCACGAGCGCCUCGUCCAUCAAAGAAACUAGACCGAGAGAAUGUCUCACCCGGAGAUAACACGGCCACCCACUCUCGAUCUUUAGUUCAACACAGUCAAGCGAAGCUACCCAUGCAAAGACUUACAAACUUCGAUACCUUGCUUGCGGACGCGCACAAAAAUUGCAUUGUUCUCCACCCCGAAAAACUGAGCGACGAGGCGCAGAAUUUCCGAAAGCACAAGUUAUCUUCAAGUCCUUCGCGAAUGCGCCGACAGACUGCAAAGCAGGACUUGGCACCCGACAAUGACUUUCCGAGCACCUACCACCUAUCUUCGGACGAUGCACUGGAUUUAUUCGCAUAUCAGUCUUCGCCGGUGGUUCCGAAGCGCAUGCGAUAG